AUGAUGGUUUCGCAAUCACAAACCCGAUUUCCUGGGGGGUCUGAACCCCCCGAUUGUUUACAAAUUCGGGAUUUAAUAUUGGGGACCUUUAAUGAAUCCCUGGUCGCUAUUCCUGAAAAUUCAGAAAUCGAUAAACAACUGCUAACACUCGAUGAGCAUGAAGCCAAAGAAGAACUUCAUUCAAACUGGAUUAAGGUUAAGGAAAAAUAUGCCGAACUCGGUAUCCUAUACUCUCCCGACAAGGGGCAAAAGCGGUGCAUGGGAUUUGGGUCCAGCAAGGGAUCCAAAUAA